AUGGGGUGGUCUAGAAUAUUGGUCUUAGCCAAUGUCUUUCUUACCUUAUGGUUUUGUACUGCCAAGGGAGAAGUGGGAUUUUGUGAUUUUCCAAAAAUAAGCCAUGGAAUACUAUAUGAUGAAAAGAAAUAUGAAACACAUUCCCCUGUUCUUAGUGGGAAGGUUUUCUACUACUCCUGUGAAUAUAAUUUUGCGUCUCCUUCAAAUUCUUUCUGGACUCGAAUAACAUGCACAGAAGCAGGAUGGUCACCAACACCAAAGUGUCUCAGAUUAUGUUUCUUUCCUUUUGUGGAAAAUGGUAAUUCUACAUCUUCAGAACAAACACACUUACAAGGUGAUAUUGUACAAGUUGUUUGCAAUCAGGGCUACAGCCUUGAAAACAAUCAGAGCACUCUCACAUGCACUGAAGAUGGCUGGUCAAUUCCUCCCAAAUGCACUUCUAUCAUGUCUGCAGGGAAAUGUGGGCCUCCUCCACCUACUGACAAUGGAGAUAUCACUUCCUUCCCAUUACCAGCAUAUCCACCAUCAUCAUCAGUUGAAUAUCAGUGCCAGUCCUUGUACCAACUGCAGGGCAACAAGAAAAUAACAUGUAGAAAUGGAGAGUGGUCUGAGCCACCAAAAUGUUUAUAUCCAUGUGUAAUAUCAGAAGAGACUAUGAAUAUCUAUAACAUAACAUUCAAAUGGAGAAAAGGCCAAAAGCUAUAUUUCCAAUCUGGGGCCUAUGUUGAAUUUGUGUGUAAAUAUGGAUAUAAGCCGACAAAUCCAUCUCCUCCAUUCCGUACAAAGUGCAUUGAUGGUCACAUCAAUUUUCCCAGUUGCUCAAAAAAAACAUUGUUGGUAUAA